AAAAGUCAUGUCAUGGCCCAUUUAAAACUGAGCAGAGAAUUGAGCUCUCAACCUCUAAGCAAAAUACUAACAAACUCUUGUUUUUGGGAACAACUGCGCAAGAUUGUCCUGGGGGUGCCUCCCUAGCUUAAUGUUAUCAUGUAAGGGGAAAUGAAAUAGCAUCAUGGUGGUGUACUAACAAUGACUGACAUCGGUGGUGCACCACAUGCGUCAGACAACAAACAUUACAAUACUCACAGGCAUGUAUUCUUUAUCCUCUACAAAAACAGCUGAUUGUGCGUCUUACUGAGUCACAGAGGUAAAAAAAAAAAAAGUCAAACUAACAAUUGCAAAUCUGUAUUCAUUUUUUAACAUUGUAAAUGAUCAUUUUCAUUCUAAUUUUUAAAAAAAUCCGACACUUUUAAAAACACAUUAUUUAAAGAUCACUAUUAUAGAAAUUCAUGGGUAAUUUACUGUACAUAGUAGAUACACCACAGUACGAGACAAAACAUCUUGCUCAAAGUAGUUUCCUCUUGUAAUGCAGCGCACACUGUCUAAUCCUCUCACUGUGACUCUCACAUGAUGGAAAAAAGGGCACGUCCGACAGCUCCCCGUGGCCAAACGCAGCACGGCUACUGCGCCUGAGCUCACGCGUUCCCCUGCCAACCACUCAGCCCACAUAUGAGAAGAUUGUCUUGCAGCGAUGGACAGCACCAGGAGAUAUUUGGCUCUAAGAAAAGUCCCUUGGCCCUGGAUGAGGUCGGACGAGUCCAGCCCGCUCAUACCAAAGGGGAACGCAGGAUCCCAAGGAACCAGUGAUCUCCACCCAGAGGGCAUGAGCGGUGAACACGAGGCCAACUUGAAAGAGAUCUGGCCUUGCCGCGGCUUUGCUAUUAUCGACUACUUCCUCAAGUACCUCCUGGUUCUGAGCAACCUAACGUUCUCCGUCCUGGGCCUGCUUAUUCUCGCCUUGGGCCUGUGGGGCCUCAUCAGCAAAGAGUCCUUCACCCAGGAGAAAAUCGGAAGCGUGGGUACUGACCCGAUGCUGCCACUGGUGACGCUGGGCCUCCUGCUGGCGUUGCUCUGCCUAACGGGCUGCAUGGGUGCCUUGCGAGAAAACUCCUUCCUGCUAAAGCUGUUCUCCAGGCUGCUGCUGGCCGUCAUCACGGCGCAGGUUUUGGCCGUCAUCGUGGUGUACAGUGCGCAACGAGAGAUCACCAACGUCCUGCGGUCGGCCGCGCUGGCUGCCAUUGCUCGCUACCAGGACGACCCAGAUCUGAGGUUCAUCGCCGACGAGAUCCAGUCCAAUCUGCAGUGCUGUGGGGCGGAUACUUAUCGCGACUGGGAGGUUAACAUAUACUACAACUGCUCCGCUCCAGGAGUUGUGGCCUGUGGCGUUCCAGCAACGUGCUGUGUUGACCCGCUGGAAAACGGCACCGUGUGGAACUCUCAGUGCGGCCUGGACACCCAAGCGCUGGACGAGUUCAGCGCUCAGAGCCUGAUCUUCCUGGGAGGGUGCCUGGGGAACAUCUUGUGGUGGUUGGAGCAGCACCGGGGCUUGAUCUGGACCGUGGUGCUGGUCCUACUGGGAGUGCAGAUGUUGACUCUGUUUGCCACUGCACGACUUCAACAGAAGAUCCACCAGCAUAAAGUCUAUGCCAAGCCACGUGAAUUGGAAUUACUAAUGUGCUGAUAUUUCCAGGGGGAAAUUCUGCAAAAAUAAUUUUUUUCUUGCAUUGUGUGCUCGCGUUUGAGUCUCUGAAGUGUCUGCCGCUCUCAUCCAUCAAGUGUGAAAUGACACAAGGGAGUCAUUUUUGGGUGACCUGCCUAUUGUAUUUCUGAAAAUAUGUCUGUAAACAAACUUUUCAGAUUGCAACCACCUUGUAUCUCCGCCCAUCACUUGGAAGCUGACCAGGCAAAGAGCCACCAUUUUGUCCCGAGCGGGACAUUUAGUUAGCAUUUGCUGACAUGUAGUACAGUGGAUUCGUAGUGAGCACGUCUGCCUCGACUUCUGAAGUUUUUAGCGCGAAUGUCCCUGUAUUUUUUGUAUUAUGUUGUGGGUUCCAUAUGUGUUCCACAAAGUCAAAUAGUAGUGACCAAGAAAAGCUGGUGCAUAUCAGACUGGAUCACAGUACAGUAAUCCCUCGUUUAUCGCGGAUAAUUGGUUCCAAAAACCACCCGCGAUAAGUGAAAUCCGCAAAGUACGGUCACCCUCUC